CCACAUAACUUAUGUCGAAUUUAAAAGACACCGUUAACGUUACCGUCCGUUACACUGUAAUUUACAGGCAGCCUCACAUAAAAAAAAAAGUAUUGGUUAACAAAGCUUUGAUUAUGACCAAAGUCUAUAGUAGUCGAGCGACGUCCCUGUUUUGUAUAUGCCCACUGUUUACAUGAAUCGCGCAAAGUUGCCUGUUUUAGUCGUGUAUUUGGUCACGUUUGCGUGGGUCACACAAAAACACUCCAAUGAGUGGUUGAUAAUAGAGCCUCCCACAAUGGAGGAGAUGGCUGCAAGACGAGAUUGGUGAAGAGCAACUGCAGAAAGUCAAAACGUGUUAUCCCUAUAACGCAAUAAGGCGGUGACCGAUUUGACAAAAGUGAUCCGCUCGAACGCGCCCAUUCUGUGUUAUGACAAGUGACCUGUCUUGAAAAACCGGAGCGUUUGAAAAUUGCGGGUGGGGCAACACGGAUGUCUAGAGACUAUACUAUACUGACUUCUCCUUUUCGAGAUUAUUACAAAUACGGACGAACUUAUUUACAGCCAUAAUAGGCUUUGAAAUAGUCUUCAUUAACAAUUAUUUGGAUGAAAACCAGAACGUCAAAUUAAUGCAUGUAUGAAGCAGCUAGUGAAGAUGUGUCUCCCUGGUAUCUUUAUUGUUACUCUUUUGACCCUCUCAAUUCCUGCUGUCCAUGGUGGGAAAGUCCUGGUGUAUCCUCAAGAUGGCAGCCACUGGGUCAACAUGAAGGUCAUUAUUGAAGCGCUGCAUUCAAGAGGUCACAGUGUGUCAGUAGUACGGCCAUCAGACAGCUGGUACAUCAAGGAGACCUCCCCUCACUACAGUUCAAUCACAAUUGAUAUUCCAGGUGGAGCUGAUGAGGAAUUCUUUAGCUCAUUUGUGUCGAGACAAAUACAGAUACAGAGAGAGGGAAAGUCUGCGUGGACCCGUUUUAGUUUGGACAUGGAGUUGAAGGACAGAUUUUCUGAAAUGCACCGCAAAGUGUGUGAGAUGGUAAUCCAAAUGUUAGAGAAUAAACAGUUGAUGCAGUCUAUUAGAGAAACCAAGUAUGACUUGGUUCUGACAGACCCAGCGAACGGGGGAGGCGUUGUGCUGGCGCACUAUUUAAAUGUGCCCCUUGUUUUCAAUGUUAGAUGGACUAUACAUGGUGAGGCUCAUUUUGCUAUUGCGCCCUCUCCCCUAUCUUAUGUUCCAUUUCCUGUUGCAGAGUUAACAGACAAGAUGAGUUUUUUUCAGAGGGUCCGUAACUUCCUUGUUUAUGUCAUCAGGCAGCAUCUGUACAGACAGACAGUGGGACCUCAUUAUUCAGCUUUGGUUAGUCGUUACUUUGGUCCUGAGGUCGACUACUUCUCAUUGUUUCAAGCUGCUGAUUUAUGGCUCAUGAGAGUUGACUUUGUUUUUGAGUUCCCUCGUCCCACCAUGCCUAAUAUUAUCUAUAUGGGAGGGUUCCAGUGUAAACCUGCCAAGCCUCUUCCCCAAGAACUGGAGGAGUUUGUUCAGAGUUCUGGAGAGCAUGGAAUCAUUAUCAUGUCUUUGGGGACUUUAAUUGGACAAUUUCCACACGAUGUAGCUGAUGAGAUAGCUGCUGCUUUUGCCCACCUGCCUCAGAAGGUAAUUUGGAGGUACAAAGGAGACAGGCCAACUACUCUGGGAAACAACACCUUACUAGUUGACUGGAUGCCUCAGAAUGAUCUUUUAGGACAUCCAAAGACAAGGCUGUUUGUAGCUCACGGAGGAACAAAUGGGAUUUUUGAGGCUAUCUACCACGGUGUUCCAAUAGUAGGCCUUCCUCUGGUGUUCGACCAACCUGACAAUCUUUCUAGAAUGAAAGUGAAGGGUGUGGCAAAGGUUGUGGAUUUAGCAACACUAGAUAGAAACAUAUUCUCCCAAGCCUUACAGGAAGUUCUGAAUGAGCCGUCCUACAGGAUGAACAUGCAGAGACUCUCCAGGCUACACCGGGACGUGCCAAUGGAGCCCCUGGACACUGCCCUCUUCUGGAUUGAGUUUGUCAUGAGACACAAAGGUGCUGCUCACCUACGUACAGAGUCCUACAGAAUGCCCUGGUACUCCUACCACUCUGUAGAUGUAAUGGUGUUUUUACUGGCUCUGGUGUUUUUUACUCUGUUGGCUUUCAUUGGAAUUAUCAGAUGUUUCUGUUGCAGGGCAUGUUUGAAAAUAAAAAUGAAAGAGGAAUGAUUAUGGAUUUCAUCUGUACAGAGUGUGGUACAUACUUGUUUUCUCACUCAUUAUACUUUUUGUUCACGUGACAAAUACAGUUGAAGUCAGACGUUUACAUACACCUUAGUCAAACAAUUCCUGACAUUUAAUUAUAGUAAAAAGUCCCUGUCUUAGGUCAGUUAGGGUGACUACUUUAUUUUAAGAAUGUGAAAUGUCAGAAUAAUAGUAGAGAGAAUGAUUCAUUUCAGCUUUUACUUUCAUCACAUUCCCAGUGGGUCAGAAGUUUACAUGCAAUUUGACCAUGAAGGCCUGAUUCACACAGUCUCCUCUGAACAGUUGAUGUUAAGAUGUGUCUGUUACUUGAACUCUGUAAAGCAUUUAUUUGGGCUGCAAUUUCUGAUGCUGGUAACUCUAAUGAACUUAUCAUCUGCAGCAGAGGUAACUCUGGGUCUUCCUUUCCUGUGGCAGUCCUCAUGAAAGCCAGUUUCAUCAUAGCGCUUGAUGGUUUUUGCAACUGCACUUGAAGAAACUUUCAAAGUUCUUGACAUUUUCCACAUUGACUGACCUUCAUGUCUUAAAGUAAUGAUGGACUGUCCUUUCUCUUUACUUAUUGGAGCUGUUCUUGUCAUAAUAUGGACAUGGUCUUUUACCAAAUAGGGCUAUCUUCUGUAUACCACCCCUACCUUGUCAUAACACAACUGUUUGGCUCAAAUGCAGUAAGGAAAGAAAUUCCACAAAUUAACUUUUAACAAGGCACACCUGUUAAUUGAAAUGCAUUCCAGGUGACUGCCUCAUGAAGCUGGUUGAGAGAAUGCCAAGAUUGUGCGAAGCUGUCAUCUAGACAAAGGGUGGCUACAUUGAAGAAUCUCAAAUAUAAAAUAUAUUUUGAUUUGUUUACCCCUUAUUUGGUUACUACAUGAUUCCAAAUGUGUUAUUUCAUAGUUUUGAUGUCUUCACUAUUAUUCUACAUAAUAAAUAAAGAAAAACCCUGGAAUGAG